AUGUCUAGCCUCGCUACCUCCAUUCUUGCAGGCUUCAAGGGCCGUCGAUCCAUUUACUCUCUGUCAAAUGAAUCCCCGAUUUCCGACGAGCGCAUCGAAGAGAUUCUUUCCGAAGUAAUCAAAAACAUGCCCAGUGGAUUCAACACCCAAGGAACCCGCAUGGUUGUUUUGCUGAAGGAAGAACACCAAAAAUUAUGGGAUAUCGCCCAUGAAGUCGCAAGUGCUACCGUGCCUGCCGAGCAAUUUGAGACGCUUUAUCGAAACCGCAUAGCUGGUUUUCGCGCAGGAUAUGGAACAGUAUUGUUUUAUGAGGAUCCUGCUGUCUUUAAGCCCCUCGAAGCGAAAAUGCCUAUGCUUAUAGACAAGUUCCCUGAAUGGUCGGAUCAUGCAAGUGGAAUGAGCCAGCUUGCUGUUUGGACACUACUGGAAGCCGAAGGACUUGGUUGCAGUUUGCAGCACUACAACCCUAUGAUUGAUGCUCGUGUAUCCGAACAGUGGAAAGUGCCAAAAGAAUGGAAAUCUAAAUCGCAAUUGGUCUUCGGAAAGCCCAAUGGACCCCCAAGAGAAAAGACCUCUCAGCCUCUGAGCAGCCGGCUUUUUGUCCAUGGAAAAUAG